AUGACCAGCGCCGCCUUGCCGAUGGGUUACCCAGCCCCGAAGGAACCGAAGGGCGGAGACGGAGGCCUCGGGAGCGAGGUCGCCUUCGAGGACGUGGUGUUAGUGGCUCGGCUCGCGGCCUUGACGGCGGCAAAGGGGCGAGGCGGAGCAGACAAAGGCAACGACUGCGUUGGCGGCUGA